AUGUUUGACUUUGGAGUACUGCUGUAUUUUGUGACUUUAAAAACUGUGUGCCACAUUACAAGUGGAGUGACUAAAACUGGUAUUGCACAAUUGUAUAACGGAGGUUCAGAGAAUGCAUGUGAUGUACGCCUCCGACUUACAAAGGAAGAAUUAACAAUACAAAAGCAAGACGUUGUCUGUGUGACUGGAAGUGACCAAGGUACAAAUCGCAGAACUGUUACACUUCACAGACAUCCCAUUGGUGGAUUAGGAUUAAGCAUUAAGGGGGGAGCGCAACAUAAGGUGCCUGUUGUUAUAUCAAAAAUCUUCAAAGAUCAACCAGCUGACCAGACGGGAAUGUUAUUCAUAGGCGAUGCUGUGAUGCAGGUGAAUGGCAUAAAUGUAGAAAAUGCAACACAUGAAGAAGUGGUUCACUUAUUGCGGAAUGCUGGAGAUGAAGUCACUAUUACGGUUUAUUAUUUCAAGGAAGCCCCGUCAUUUCUUCGGCUCCCUCUAGGUUCUCCAGAUCCAUCUAGUGACCAUAGCAGUGGGGCAUCUUCUCCACUUUUUGAUAGCGGUUUACACUUGAAUGGAAAUACUCCAAAUACGGCUCCUUCAUCACCGUCCUCACCUACAGCUACACAGCCAAAAUAUGAGAAGCGAUGGACAGACACAAUUUCUAUCCCUUUGCUGAUGGCUCGGAUCUCAAGAUUUAAGGCUUCAGCAGAAAAAUUAAGACCUAAUCAUUUGAGGUUGCUGGCCUUAGAUGGUGUGAAACUCUGGAUUCUUCAGUUUGAUUCUGCUCAUGACAGUGCAGAUUGGCUAAGAGCAAUAUCAACUAAUAUCAAUGAUCUCACAUUUCAAAAUAUGAAAAUGGUGAACAAAUGCUAUUCUUCAUUUGAUCAGAUAAUUCAUAUGGGAUGGGUGAAUGAGAGAGUACACGGAUCUGAUGGAACACAAAUCUAUAAAUUCAAAUUCAUUGUGUUGAAGGGUUCAUCAUUUUACAUAUUCAAGACACCUCCGGUAAGCACAUUAGACUGGGUCAGAGCUGAGAAAAUGUAUAACCUCUGUGAGGUUUUAUUUAAAGUAAGCAAGGUCUGGCCAGCUGAUGAAAUAUGGAUUCAAGAAAAUCUUUAUUUAAAUUGUAAUCAAACUGAAGAUCUUGAAGAUCAGAGACCAUAUUGCUUUAGUGUUAUGGUUGGAAAUGGAAAAAGUCAUUAUUUCAGUACUGAACUGGGCAGCGAUUUGCCUGUGUGGGAGAGAUCAUUCCAAAGAGCAAUCUUCAUGGAAGUUCAGAGAACGGGAUCCAAAACAUAUAUGGGCAGUUGUCAAGGAGAAAUUAUCUGUUUUACCGUGGACUUUCUAUCUGGGUUCACCUGUUUUGACAGCAAGUCAAAGAAUAUAAUUUGGCGAUUUAAGUUUUCCCAGCUUAAGGGAUCUUCUGAUGAUGGAAAAACUCGAGUAAAACUGCUUUUCUUAAACUCUGACACAAAACAAAUUGAAAUGAAGGAGCUGGAGUUCCACGAUCUGACUGCAGUCCUACACUGCAUCCAUUCAUUUAUUGCAGCUAAAGUUGCUUCAAUGGAUCCAAUGUUUAUUAACAGCCAAAGCAUCUCAAGAAGAUAUAUAUACAACACGUAA